GCACCGCUCGCUGCUCAGGGCCGAGCCAAUACGUAGGCGGCAGCAUUACCGCCACAGACAGAAAUAUCUGUGGACAUGUAGGACUCAUCCCGCACCGACGAAGGAGACGAAUAAACCCACGCACACCGAGCAGCGAGAGAGAAAAAGCGAGCUGCUUUCUUAUCCGGUUCUUCGCCGUGCGCACGCGCUCUGCAGAGUACGCGAGGAUCUGUUCUAGUGGCUAGGUACCGUCAUGGGCAGCGAGUGCAAGGGCCACCUGCAGCUUCACGCCGGCUGCGGCACCGCCGGGGGAAGCGUGCAGCAGCAGCAGGCGGGCGCCAUCGCGCCGUUCGUGGCGAAGACGUUCCAUAUGGUGAGCGACCCGGCCACGGACGCCGUCGUGCGCUGGGGCGGCGCCAGCAACACCUUCCUCGUCCUCGACCCCGCCGCCUUCUCCGACUACCUGCUCCCCUCCUACUUCAAGCACCGCAACUUCGCCAGCUUCGUCCGGCAGCUCAACACCUACGGGUUCAGGAAGGUGGACACGGACAGGUGGGAGUUCGCGCACGAGUCGUUCCUGCUGGGGCAGGCACAGCUGCUGCCGCUGAUCGUUCGCAAGAAGAAGGAGGGGUGCAGGGAGCUGGGCGAGGAGGGGGAGGAGGUGCGUGGCACCAUCCGGGCGGUGCAGAGGCUGCGGGAGGAGCAGCAGGGCAUGGAGGAGGAGCUGCAGGCCAUGGACCGCCGGCUGCGCGCCGCCGAGAGCAGGCCGGGCCAGAUGAUGACCUUCCUCGCCAAGCUCGCGGACGACCCGGGCGUCGUGCUGCGCUCCAUGCUCGCUAAGAAGGAGGAGCUGGCCGCGGCCGGCGGCAAGGGAUCACCGGCGCCCGUGGAGGAGCCGUGCAAGAGGCGGCGGAUCGGGCCCGAGGCGGUGUCAGCGGGGCGCGGAGACUUUGGCGGCGUGGCGGGCGGCGACGCCGUGGAGCUGGCGCAGAGCAGGGGCGCCGUGCCGUUCCCGUUCUCUGUUCUUGGCCAAGUGUUCUACUAGCGGAGAUAGAGACAGGUGUAGUAGUGUAUAUAUGACUCGUAGCAUAACGUUGCCUCCGUUUAGUCAGUUAAUUAGUACUACUAUGUAAACGGUGAACACUUCGGUUAUGCAGAGUUCAGAAGAAAAGCUAGUGUGGUGAUUAUGCAGUUCACAGAGCUUGGUUA